AUGUCAAUUGGAAUUGAUUCUAUUCUACCAUACACACGCGGUGGGAAACUCCCAUAUUGGCUACUUUUCAUAUCUAUCGUCUCAAUCUUCAACUCAUUUCAAUCCUAUCAACGUGACUUGGCAUUAACUCGCAGGGUCUACAAUGCCAAACCACAAGAGGUUACCAACUUGUCAGCACGUACUUUUGGAACAUGGACAUUGAUCACCUCGUUAGUGCGUCUUUAUGGAGCUUACAAUAUAACUAAUCCUCAGGUCUAUACAUUGACUCAAUUGACGUAUGUUGUCGCUGCUUGGCAUUUCUUGAGCGAAUGGUUGAUCUACGGAACCACCAAGUUGGGAAAGGGGUUGGCUGGUCCUUUAAUUGUGUCAAGUUUGAGUUUGGUAUGGAUGUGGAACGUAAAGCUGUAUUAUGUAUUUUGA